GGAGAGGAGUUAAUGCUGGGUACGGCUCUGGCAGGUCCUGCAGCCAGCCGCACUUUUCAAUGUAGCUCCCGGAGUAACAGCUGUUUAUGGAUUCACUGACUGUGGAAAAUGUACCUCUCUAUAGUGGCCUUUGUCCUAACUAAAGCUCUGCUCUCAGCAGAGGUUUGCCAUGCUUUAAACGUGACAGUGACACCGGGCCCUGUCAUCAUGGUAACGGAGAGGGACAAUUUGACCCUGUCCUGCCUGGUUUCCCAACGCAAGAGGAGCAACAGUGUCCUUAUCCUGCGCUGGUUCUACUCCCCUCCUGUGUCCCCCACAACAAUCCCCCAGGACUCAUCUCUUCAUCCUUCUACACAAGAACCAAAUCAGUUUCUCAUCGCUAAACUGGGAAUCAAGAAAAUUAAGCUCUAUGGGAACUACACACGACGUUUCCCUCGGCCCAAGUUUCGCCUGUUUGAGGAGCAGGAGGGAGAGUUAUUCCGGUUGUGGAUUUUGAAUGUGUCUGGGAUGGACCAGGGAAUGUACAGCUGCAAGGUUCAGGAGAUACGUAAACUCAGGAACACAUGGAGGUCCUCUUCAAAUGGUACAGGCAGCACGCAGCUAAUGGUGCACGUUACUCACGAGGACAGCAGAGGGGAAGGACUGGGACAGUGGUCUGCAGAUGUGUACCUGAGUGCGGUGCUGAUCUGCUGUCUGGGCCUGCUGUCCAUCUUCCUCUUCACUUUGGUCCUCUCCUGCCAGUAUUUUUAUAGAAGACAUAGACUCAAAACCAGUUAUCUUCUAGUCAAGUGUCCAGAAAGCAGCUCAGGCGAAACUGUGACCAGCUCCAGUAGCUCCUCGAGCUCUUCUCCAAAAGCUCUGAGAAAAGACACAAGACCCACAAUACCUGCCAGAACAAUAACACCACCCACACUACCCCGGGAGCCCCCACCGCAGACACCAACCAAGGUCCCUGUUGCUGCAAAGAGACCCCAAAAGCCCAAAAGAUCCAAGCUGCUACAACAAAGAGCAGCUAAUACGCGGGGCUUGCAGGAAGACAGUUUGACUUAUGCAGAGCUAGAGCUGGUCCGGCCAAGACCCCACCCUUCGGCCCUGUCAAGUCCAGACCCUGCACCCUCUGAUUCGGACACUGUUUAUGCUCAGAUCCUCUUCCAGGAAAAACAGCUGUAAACUCUGCAGCUAAAGGAUACAAUUUGUCAAGCCAAACUAAUCUUCGAAAAUAUUUAUAGACAAUUAUCUUGACAUUAAACAGUCAUCUUGUAUGGCAUUAGUGGAUGGGUUUUGUGCCUGAACUCUAACAUUGUGCUUUGGCUUGGCUGGUCUGUUCACCAGAUGUGUUGGUAUGUAUGAAUGCCAUAUUAUUCUUGUUUAAACUCAGGAGAUGAUGUAGAAAAAAACCUUGGCCAGGCUGUUUUAUUGUCGCCUUUGAGGGAUCUGUAAAUUCUGCUUUUCAUUUUCAUUUAUAAACAUCAUAAUUAAUGUAUAUGGUCAAUAAAUAUGU